CUCUUUCUUUAUAUAUAACUCCAAUUCUUUCCCUCUACCAAAAAUGCAAAAACCACAUUCAAGAUUCGUUUUUAUAUGCGACGCCCCGACUUAGAUCGGUUCUUACGCGCUCCUCCGAUUUGCUUUAUUCUCCAUUCUCUCUCUUCAAUUGUAUACCUAAUCCUCACCGGCUUAUUCAGCAAACUUGGUUUGUUAAUUUCUUGGCAUCCAAGUUUAUUCCUUUUCUUGAUUCUGUUGAGAUCCCAUAUUCCCCUUCAUUAUCCUCAUCUCUCCCCUUCUAUGUUCGGAUCGGACAUAUCUAUGCCUAGACCAGAAGUUGUCGUUUCUUCUCUUCCAUAUAUACCUUCUUUUGCACAUAUCUCGUAUAAAUAAAACUCGAUAAACAUUAUCAUUUUCAGUAUUGGAACACGAACAAAAUGAAUGAUCAUACAGAGAAGAUGAAAAGAUGCCAUGAUUACGUCGAAGCGUUAGAGAAAGAGGUUGGUAAGAUCCGGGUCUUCGAACGGGAACUCCCGUUGAGCUUAGAGCUCGUCACGCAAGCGCUUGAAGCGUGUAAGAGGGAAUUAUCGGCGGCGACGACGGAGAGUAAGCCAAACCAAUCGGAGGGUUCAGAGCAGACGACGAGCAGUAGCGGACCUGUAUUAGAGGAAUUCAUGCCGAUCAAGAGGGCUUCUUCCUCUUCUUCUGAUAAUGAUGAUCGGGAACAAUCGCGUAACGAGGACAAGAACAGGACUAGUGACAAGAAGAAAUUGGACUGGCUUAGAUCCGUACAACUAUGGAAUCAAUCGCCAGAUCCAUCAUCCAAGGAGGAUGAGGAGAAAAGGGCAUCUGCAGUGGAGGUGAAGAGCAAUGGCUGUGCUUUUCUGCCUUUUCUCGGAGAGAAAAACCAAGGAAAAAGCAUCCAAUCUACAGUAAAAGCGCCUUCUUCGGUGUCGACCACAGCGACAAGUUCUACAACGGAGACAGUGAGCGCGACAAGUAGUGGAAGCGGUGCAAAAAGGGAAGACGGAGAAGGGAAUGCUCAUAGAAAGCAAAGGCGAUGCUGGUCAUCGGAGUUGCACAGGAGAUUCUUACACGCCCUUCAAAAGCUUGGUGGAUCACAAGUUGCUACACCAAAGCAGAUAAGAGAAUUAAUGAAGGUUGAUGGGCUCACUAAUGAUGAGGUCAAGAGUCAUUUACAGAAAUAUCGUCUGCAUACAAGAAGACCGAGUCCGGCUGUCCACAACGACAGCAAUCCUCAACCACCACAGUUUGUAGUAGUAGGAAGCAUAUGGGUGCCACCGCCCCAAUAUGCAGCAACAUCAGCCCCAAGGGAAGCAGAGACUGUCCCUGCAUCCAAUAGAAUUUAUGAGCCAGUGGCUGCUCCACCAGCCAAAGGCUCACGAAUGCCCGCAUCUUUGAUGCCACAGCCGCAGUAGACACAACACAAUCCGAGCAAUUACAAGCAGAAGGGAGGGGCUACAAUAGCAAUGGAGGCGUACGUUCGUUCUAGCUCCACAGCUAUGUCUUCCUCAACUCAUACCUCCAUGGCUUCCCCUGUACGUGUGUUUUGAUUUUUGAGUAAAGUUGAGAAUGGUGUAAACAAAUUUUGCGACAAAACUUGGAUAGGAGAGUUACCAUAUAUAUCUUUUAGUUGUUAAGAAUUCCUUGUUGGAUGGUGAUAGCUAGUCAGUCUUGAAUAAGGAUGCUCACAAGGUUCACAAUGAAUUGAAGUAAAGCAGUGAAAUAAACGAUAGUUUAAAUUCCAAUUAAUCUUAAUAGAGUUUGAACAUUGUUUUGGUUGUGAAA